UAAUGGUGUCUAUUUUCAUUGCUCCCUGCACCAGUUACAAGGAUUUUUUUUAAAAUUCUGGUUAUCAGCUAAGAUCAUAGAUCAGAGGCAGAAGCAGGGCCUUUGCUUGUGCACAACUUUCAGUCUCCUAGACAGGAUGAACAGUAUUCCACUCUUCAUUACCUUUGCAUUUAUCUUUCUACUGAUAUGUGUAACCCCUGAGCCAAUUAUCAAUGAAGAUGGAUGGAAAUCUUUAGAGAAGCAGCAAAACAGGGACCUGUUUUUCCGAAUCCUUCAGUCUUAUUUCACUGGUAGAGGGAUGAGUUUGGGACUUGGCAGAAAAGAAAAGCUUCAUGGAGGAUAUGGAAGCAAAAUGGGUUCAUAUGAUGACAAAUUCAACAACAAUCUGGAAACUAAAGACAUCUUCAGUGGUUAAUUACUUAUGCAGUGGGUAAUCAAUAUGCAUUCAUUAAAUAAAAAGAUGGUCAGUAUUAAUGUAAUCAUAGUAGAUGCCAGAGGAACAUUUACAGCAGUUGAGAAUGAGCUAAUUGUGACUAUCUGCAAACACUUAUUGUUCAGUACAUACUGCACUCUCAUGGAAUUGUACUGUAAA